CCCAUUCUUCUACUAACGGUAUAUAACCAAAGUCCUUGAGUUCUCAUUUGACAAAAAAAAAAUAAAUUUUUUUUGCCCUUCAAGCAUCACUUCUUCACAAUUAAUGACUUGUCCCAAAUAAACUAGCAAUAUAAUUUCUAAUCAUGCACUUGUAUGUCAAAGAUGUAUUUUGACAAUUUCUCUUGCAUUUAUAUAGUUUUCGGCUGUGAUUAACAUAAAAAAUGCAGGAGACCCGUUAUAUAUUACUGGCUGCCAUUUUUUUGAGGAUUUCCACGGUCAUUUGUGGAACAUUCACAGUAUCUGUUGAAUGGUAUCCAGGGAAGUUCCGAACAUACGACUUCAAUCGGAGCAUCUCUGGAGAGUGCAUACUUUCUAUGAGGGAGGAUGUGGUUCGAUGCAUGCGCAAUCACAAGUUCCAGGAUAUUGAGGACCAAUGGCGGUAUCAACCUCAGAAUAUAACUUAUAUCGCCGUCAACUGUCUGAGACAGGAAUUCUUCACAUCUCCACGACAUGUUUGCAUGUGUAAAAAAGGAACCAAAGCCGCAAGUGCUCAACAUUUCCGGCAAUUUGACGAGUUCUAUUAUUGUCAGCUUCGGCAACUCACGGAUAAAAUGUUCGCCUCUCUUCGAAAUCUACAGGUUUUAGAUCUCUCUGACAAUAUGAUUUCCCAUAUUGAAGGAGAUGCCUUAAAAUCUGUGACGUCAUUGAAAUAUUUAGAUCUGAGUCGGAAUCCUAUGGAAACACAGACUUUGGCGGCAGGAUUCCUGUGUGAUGCGCCGGGGCUUGAGAUUUUAGUGAUGCAGGGCACUCGAUUUCACGGGUUUCCGCUUCAUAUAUUUGAUUGCAACGAGAAGCUUAUGAAUUUAUCUUACAUAGAUUUUAGUGAUAGCUUGAUGCACUCUAUUCCACAUAAUGCUUUCAAAAAUAUCCCGAAUAUUCUGUCGCUAAAUUUGACUUCAAACAAUAUAAAUAAUACUCUGAUUCAGAGGGACGCUUUUGUAGGUCUGACAAAACUAGUCUCUGUCGACUUUACCGAGAAUGACUUAACUUCCGUACCGGUGACGCUCUGUGCACAUGCACCGGAACUUCAGUACUUACACAUGAGCGAAAACAGAUUGCCAUUAUUUGAUUUUCAAGCCAUACAUUCGUGCAAAAAUUUAUUGUUUCUGGAUUUAUCGCACAAUGACAUCAGGAAUUUGGUUGGAAGAAUAAUAAGUCCGUCUCCUUUAAGAUCUCUCAGGAUAUCAAAGAACUUCAUCACGGAAUUGCCGACAGAAGGUUUCCUCUACGAAGCACGGAAUCUAACAACGCUUGACUUAUCAAUGAACUCCAUCAAACACGUUUCCAGAAAGGCAUUUGACGGACUUUCGUCUUUGAAGAAACUGGAUCUCUCGGAUAACUUACUGAACAUUUCAUCUUUUCCACUGUUUCCGCAGCUUCAGAUAUUAGAGGAGUUAGACGUCAGUGUAAAUUCUUUCAGAAAAAUACAAUCAGGUUUCUUCGAAGGAUUAAAAUCUUUGAAUGUUUUAAAUUUGUCCCGGAACGACUUGGAAGUGUUAGAAAGCAACGCUUUUGACGGUUUAAAAAGUCUAACGAUUUUAGACCUGAGAAAUAAUAGAUUAUCCGGUUUUGAAGACAGUGUUUUCUCAGUAUUAAAAAAUCUCAAAACACUUUAUCUCACUCAAAAUAGAAUAAUAUCUUUGGAUCAAGUGAGAUUCCCCUCCUUUCUGGGCACCCUGAAUGCUGCUAACAACAGAUUAGAACAUUUUCCACCCUCUAUUUCAAAUACAAAUAUAAAAGAAGUGAUAUUGGAUAAUAAUGAAAUGACGUCAUUUUCAGUAUCACCAAAUUCAAACUUCUCGUCCAUUACCUCUCUAUCUCUGUCCAACAAUCUUAUAAAAACAUUAAUUGAAAAUUCCUUUAAAACAUUUUCAAACCUGAAACAAUUAAAUUUCUCAAGGAAUUGCCUCGCUCUCAAUUUAUCACGUGAUUAUUUUAACGGUGCUGAUUCGAUAAGUACGUUAGACCUAUCAAACAAUAGGAUACAAAAUAUUAAUGGGAUGUUUUCAACAUUUGAAUCUCUGUCCAAACUUCAGAAUUUAUAUCUGUAUAAAAAUCCGAUAACUCGUGUCCAUAACCUGAUUCCUGAACUCCUAGAUAUGAAUGCAUUUACUGAGAUUAGCCUGGAAAAUAUCUAUCUCUCCUUCUGUAACAUUUCACAUGUGUCGGUAGAGGCUUUUGAUGGGUUUCCAAACCUGAACUUGGUGGAUCUAAGCGGAAAUGAACUAACCGUGAUAAAACCCUUCAAAACGUCCAAUCCAAACACGGUUUACAACCUCACAAGGAACCCUUUGGAAUGCUCAUGCGCUAUGAGAUGGAUCACAGAACGGGGGAUCAAAGUAGGAGACCAGUUUAUUUCAACCAAUAGUUAUAAAGUUGAUUUUUGUACCGUUUAUCCUUACAAUUACACAAUGAAGGUCAGGGAUGUAGAAAAGAUUGAUUUCUUAUGUAAAACGCAAGAUGAAUGUCCCACGAAAUGUGUCUGCCUCGGUAUUUCAGAAACCAACAACACGACUCUAGUCAAGUGUUCUAAUGUCACUUCCGUCCCUGCAGGAAUACCUCGGACUUCAUUACAACUAUUCCUUGACGGAAACUCCCUGUACAAUCUGAACUUCACAACCGGGGUUGAUGAUCACUUUCUCACAGAAGAGCUAUAUAUAAAUAAUAGCCACGUCGAGCUCUUAACAAGGGACUUUUUCAGGCCAUUUCAGAAUCUUAAGAAAUUGGUUUUGUCGAACAAUUAUAUAAAGAAGUUAGAGAACGAUGUUUUUUCUGAACUUAAAAAUCUGGAAGAAAUGCACCUAAGAAACAAUUCAUUGAAAAGAUUUGGGUCAAAAACAUUACCUAUUUCAAAACAACUCAAGUUACUCGACAUAAGUUACAAUCAAAUAAAAUUCCUUGAUUCGGAGGUGCUUGAAGCCAUUUUAGAGAAGAGGCAUCUCAGAAGAAUUUAUAUCGGAAACAAUGCAUUGGUGUGUAAUUGCAGGAACCAAGCACUGCGAUAUUGGAUGGAUGAACACAGGAGCAGGAUUUUUGACCGUGAGUCAAUCAAGUGUGAAAAUAAUCAGGAAAUGUCGCAUGUAAGACUCCAACGCUUUACUUGUGCGGCCGAAAAGCAAACAUCUCUCCACAAAGGAAUAAUUGUGACGUCAGUAAUACUCGUGUCCUUGGUAUUUUUAGGUUUUGUCUCUUGCUUUUAUUUUCGACGUGACAUAAUAGCUGUCAUUGGAACGAAGUUAAACAUAAACUGCUUACGUCAUGAGUACGACCAAGUUAAGGUUUAUGAUGUUUUUCUGAUGUUUGAUUUCAAUGACCCGAAAGGAUGUGAUUGGUCAAACAAGGAACUGUUACCAAAGUUGAAUAACAGCGGAUAUAAAAUAACAACUUCCGACUCAAAAGACCUUGCAAAGAGUCUUUUAGAAACCGAAAACACUAAGUUACGGGACAGCAAAUGUGCUUUAUUUGUAGUCACAAAAUAUAUCUGUAACAAUCAGUAUUACAUGAACUGUUUCCGGUCUGCGCAAAAAUAUGCGCGCGAAAACCAUAGAUUCAAGCUAAUUAUUGUAAUUGUAGGUGACAUAGACCAUUCAAUUUUAGAACCUGAACUGCGGAAAACUUUAUCUACUGGAAAUUACAUCACAGCUCGCUCUCGGUGUGUUUGGGAAAGACUUGCGUUUGAGUUGCCAAAGAGGCAGUUCUUACUACAACCUUUUGCUCAUGAAAACGAGGUUGAUGAGUCAGAGACAGCAGUUAUAGUAUACAGUGCCGCGGGCCCUGGUAGGACGGAAGAACGAGAGACUGUAGAGAUAAAGUAAACCAAGUGUGGCGUGUCAAGUUUUCUUGCAGUUUAAAAUGGAGAGAGAGAAAGAGAGAGAGAGGAGUACAGUGUUUUGAAAUAAAACAUUUAUGUUUGUCUUGUUUUUGCUAGGUUUUAUGUAAUAUAUGCUAAAACUCUGCAAGAGAGAGAGAGAGAGUGAGAGAGGAGAUAAAUUAAAGGUACAAUGUUAUGUGAAUGAAGAGAAUUUAAAUGUGCACUGUAUGUUGAUUGUUCAAGGGUUAAUUAAAUAUGCUUAUAUUAUAUAAGAGGGUUUAUGAGUGUGUCUACAAAUUAGACUUCCUUAAAGUUUAUAAGGGAGAUAUGAGAACGAUUAGAAAGAGAGAAAAGUUUGUUAUUAAUUUUGUUUCAAAAUAAAAUAAAAUAAUUUAAUUUUAUUUGUAUUCUCGCCUCUCAUUGGUUGAUUACCAAAAAGGAACGCAUAACAUUUUGUAUAAUCUGGUUUGGUAUGGGGACACACCCCCUUGACGACCAGCUUAAUCAUCAUAUCCAUGCAAUCCCCUCAUUUCCAGUCCUCGGAAUCCAUGGAAAAUUCCAGAUUUAAUAAAUGUACCUUCAACUUUAAUCAAUUACUCGUUCUUACCUCAUGUAAACAAACAUCAUGGCUGCUAGAUCUAUGAAUCAGUCAUUACCUCCCCUCGCUUCAAAUCACUUCCGUUACUACGGUUGUAUUAUUGCGCGGUAAAUUUGAACUUAUAAAAAGCAACACAAUUUUACAUCAAAAGUUGUUUAAUUAUUUUAAUAUUAAAUUAUAAGGAAUGACUUUAA